CCUCUAGAUUACUGGACCCCGUGCUUCGCCAAGGGAAAGAAGAUUGUCUUAUCAUACCAACGGUGUUUUUAUUCGAUAUACAAACAUUCAAGUGACUUUGGGGGAUCGAAUAUAACAUUUAUUGGAAUAUCAUUCUUUUGAAGGGUCGAUUCUGUACCUUCUCUGUUUGCUCUUUGGUUGAGGAAAGAGCCCUGCCGUUUGCGUUGUCAGGCCAGUGUUGGUUGUUCUGAGUUAAGGAACAGCAGCAACUUCCCGUGCUUACUUUGCACCGUGAAAGUCUAUUCUUUGGACGGAAAUACAAUGCCAGGAGACAUCAAUGUGAAUAUUGUUGGUGUAAGAAUCAACAAUAGCCCAUGAUGUCGUUGGAACUUAAUUUUGUUAUGGGAUAACUGUGAUAUCGUUGCCAUAAUAACGGUUUGACCAUCAAUUAUUUCAGUCUAACAGUAUUUGAAAUCAUUCUGAAUUGUUAUAAUACUGUAACCUAUUGAAUAUGCCACCCCGGAGUCUGCUUGACUCAGAAGAACACCAAGGGACCUAAGUAAACACAACAGUUCAAGUCCUAUGCGGUAGAACGCACUGAUGAUCUUCGAAUUGCUGGAUAUUCAUUCCUUUGUCAACUGUCUAUCUGAAGAAGGCUGGCUUGAAAAUGGCAUCCUUUUUCAAUUUCCGUAAAAUCUUUAAAUUAGGUGCUGAGAAGAAGAAGAAACAGUAUGAGCAUGUCCACAGAGACGAGAACCCAGAGGAGAUAUGGGAGAUCAUUGGAGAACUGGGGGAUGGAGCCUUUGGGAAAGUCUAUAAGGCCCAGAACAAGCUAACAGGCAUUCUGGCCGCGGCUAAAGUGAUCGACACCAAGACGGAGGAGGAGCUGGAGGACUAUAUGGUAGAGAUCGAUAUCCUGGCCUCCUGCGACCAUCACAACAUAGUGAAGCUGCUGGACGCCUUCUACUACGACAGCAAGCUAUGGAUCCUGAUAGAGUUCUGUGCAGGUGGAGCGGUGGAUGCCGUCAUGCUGGAGCUAGAGAGGCCCCUGACGGAGCCCCAGAUCCGGGUGGUGUGUAAGCAGACCCUCCAGGCCCUCCUCUACCUCCACGACAACAAGGUGAUCCACAGAGACCUGAAGGCUGGGAACAUCCUGCUAUCCCUGAACGGAGACGUCAAACUGGCUGACUUUGGUGUGUCGGCCAAAAAUACCAAAACACUACAGAGGAGAGACUCUUUCAUCGGGACGCCAUACUGGAUGGCCCCGGAGGUGGUGAUGUGUGAGACGUUUAAGGACCGCCCGUAUGACUACAAGGCUGACAUCUGGUCCCUGGGGGUGACUCUGAUCGAGAUGGCCCAGAUUGAGCCUCCCAACCACGAGAUGAACCCUAUGAGAGUCCUGCUGAAAAUAGCCAAGGCCGAUCCUCCUACCCUGAUGCAGCCGUCGCGCUGGUCUCCAGAGUUCAGUGACUUCCUAAGAAAGUGUCUCGAUAAGAAUGUGGACAACAGAUGGAAUGUGGCACAACUUCUACAGCAUCCAUUUUUGAGUACUGUGACCGACAGCAGACCUUUGAGGGAGCUGAUCGCUGAAGCAAAGGCUGAGGUUUACGAGGAGAUUGAGGAACACAAGGAGGAAGAGGAGGAGGAGGAUGGAGAGACACAGCGGGGUCACAAACGUGCGCCGUCCGAUGCCAGUGUUGCCAGCUCGGAGGACGAGAAACUCCCUCAGUCUCCCUCAGCCUCCAUCCUGGAGUCUUUACCGGAGAAGGCUGAACCGGUUAUCCCGACACCACAGAUUGUUGAAAAGGUCCCUGAACCAAGCGUUGUCAAACCAGAGGAGAACCUGGUUGUGGACACUGGCUUCGUCGAGGAGCCUGCUGUCACUGCAGAAGUGGAGAAAAUGGAUGAGACCCCUGGUGCUCCAAUAAAUGGAGAGACAACAGAAGCCAGUGAGAAACCAGUAGAGGUGACGGAAGAGGAGGAGAAGGUUCCAGAAAUAACAGAGGUUUCCCCAACAGAACCCAGUGAGAAACCAGUAGAGGUGAUAGAAGAGGAGGAGAAGGUUCAAGAAAUAACAGAGGUUUCCCCAACAGAACCCAGUGAGAUAACUUCUUCAGAACCAGCAGAGAAACCAGCAGAGCCCCAACCAGAAGGAACCGUUUCCAAUGCUGCGGUCACCAUAGCCGACAAAGAGAUGGAACAACUGGCCAUAUCCAAUCAACAUGAAAAGGAAGUGGACCCAGCUGAGCUCCAGAUGAAUGAGAUCACCGCAGAAGGGUCAGAGGCCAAGGAAGAGCCAACAGGAGACAAGAUGGAAGUUGAAGAGGAACCAGCCAACGAGGAGCUUAGCAGGGAAGCAAAGGUUACCGGGACAACCCCAGAGGAGACUAAGGUGGAUGACAAACUCACACCUACAUCUCCAGCAGUCUGGAAAGAGGAGGAAGCAGAGAAAGAGAGAGUGGAGUAUAAGCCAACUUCGGAGACAGGGACUCCAGUGAAGUCUAAGGAUGAGAAGGAGAGAGAUUCUGACUCUAGGAGUAGUUCUGCUGCAGAUAACGACAGCAUAGACAUGAACUUGUCCAUCUCCAGCUUCCUGACCAAAACCAAGGAGCCAGGACCCCUCUCCAUACAGGACACCAAGCGCCAGAAGAAGACACUGAAGAAGACCCGUAGGUUCGUGGUGGAUGGAGUCGAGGUUAGCGUGACGACGUCGAAGAUCAUCACCGACAAUGACACCAAGAACGAGGAGAUGAGGUUCCUCAGGCGUCAGGAGCUGAGGGAGCUGCGUCUCCUGCAGAAAGAGGAACAGAGGGCCCAGCAGCAGCUCAGCAAUAAACUGCAGCAGCAGAAAGAGCAGAUAAGCCGCCGUUUCGAACAGGAGACGACCAGUAAGAAGCGCCACUACGACCAGGAAGUGGAGAACCUGGAGAGACAGCAGAAGCAGACCAUCGAGAGGCUGGAGCAGGAGCACACCAACCGGCUGAGGGACGAGGCCAAGCGCAUCAAGGCCGAGCAGGACAAGGAGCUGUCCAAGUUCCAGAACAUGCUCAAGAACCGCAAGAAAGAGGAGCAGGAGUUCCUGCAGAAACAGCAGCAGGAGCUGGACUGUGCCCUGAAGAAGAUCAUCCAGCAACACAAACACGAGCUGGCCACCAUCGAGAGAGACUGUCUCAACCACAAACAACAGCUCCUCAGAGCACGGGAAGCAGCAAUGUGGGAGCUGGAAGAGCGUCACCUACAGGAGAAACACCAGUUGUUUAAACAACAGCUGAAAGACCAGUACUUCAUGCAGAGACACCAGCUGCUCAAGAGACACGAGAAGGAGAUGGAGCAGAUGCAGCGCUACAAUCAGCGUCUGAUUGAGGAGAUGAAGAACAGGCAGACACAGGAGAGGGCCCGCUUACCCAAGAUCCAGCGCAGCGAGGCCAAGACGCGCAUGGCCAUGUUCAAGAAGAGCCUCCGAAUCACUGGAGGCCCCAUCACACCCGAGCAGGAGAGGGAGAAGGUUAAACAGUUUGCAGCCCAGGAGGAGAAGAGGCAGAAGAACGAGAGGCUCCACCAGCACCAGAAACAUGAGAACCAGAUGAGAGACCUGCAACUGCAGUGUGACACCAACAUCCGGGAGCUGCAGCAGUUACAGAAUGAGAAGUGCCACAUCCUGAUAGAGCACGAGACCCAGAAGCUGAAGGAGCUGGAUGAGGAGCACAGCCAGGAGCUGAAGGAGUGGAGGGAGAAACUACGACCCAGGAAGAAGGCUUUGGAGGAAGAGUUUGCCAGGAAGCUUCAGGAGCAGGAGAUCUUCUUUAAGAUGAGUGGAGAGUCAGAGUGCCUUAACCCCUCAGCCCAGAGCCGCAUCUCCAAGUUCUACCCCAUCCCCAGUGUCCACUCCACUGGCUUCUAGGGGUUAACCCACUCCGGAUGGACAUAAACAUAUAUCCACAUAUCGAAGGCACGCUCAAUGAAUAGAUAUACACACUUCCGGAUGGAUACACCCACACACACAUAUACAAAUAGACUGGCGCGCGUGCACACACACACACAUACACACACACACACACACAGACAAACAGACAAACAGACUAAUAAGACUGAGCCUCUGCUGCCUUGCCCCGUCUCCAUUGAUGACAAUCGGGGACGAAGGGGCGAUAUCUCCGAGGGUGUGUACCCCUCUAUCGGCUUCUGGACGAGGAUGGGACAGUAGCCCUCAAGCUACAGACGAUGUUAAUCAUAUCUGUUAUAUAAUUUACCCCCUUUUCAUUGUAUAGGGUCGUGUUCAGUCGGGCACACCGUAGCAACAGUUUGAAUUUGUGUUUUUAUUGUAGAAGUAGUACCUCCCCGUUUCACUCUAUUUCAAAUCAUUUUCCACUGACUGAAAAAAAAAGUUUUAUUUCUUAUAGCUUCCUCUUUUGAAAUGAGUUAUGAAGGAGAUUCUUGACAUUAUGCAUUUUCAAAUGUGAUACUUUGUGCACUCUGUUCCUCAAAUCCUUGCCUCCAUGUCACUAAAGUGUCUCAGGCAGAUUUCAUUUUUCACUGCUGAUUCUUUUUCAUUUGUGAAUUAUUUUUUUUCUUGAAGAAUCUAGUGCCCGUAUACCUUUAUUUCAAUGGACUUGCUUUUCAAAUUUAAGCUUCCUCUGGAAAAAAAACUACUGCUGCUUGAUUUUUAUACCAUUAGUUAUUUGCACUAUAUCAGUGCUGCCCAACCCUC